AUGUCCCAGACAGGUUUUUGUAGUCUCUUUUAUAUCCAUGGGAAGCUAUGUUCUUAUCACCCUGUAGAAGUGUUGUUAGUUUGUAUCACUGGAACAGUUUGCUUGUUAACCUUAAACAUUUAUGAUGCCACACACCACUUCGCAAGUCAGCAAAGUGAAAGUUACCAGCAAAAGGUUAGUUUAAAAAAACUUGAGGCCACUUUCAAGAACAGUUCAUUUUUAUGUUGUCUAAAGCUUGCUUUGCUGAUGACAAGUGCAGAAGCUUUUUGUCAGCUAUUCACCUUAAUUGUUUACAGAGUCAGGGUCUCGGCAUAUAUGAAACAAUUGUAAGGCUUACAUAAGCUCACUGAAGAAUUUUGAUCUUUUUGCUAGUCAGUGGAUGGAGAUAAGGCCGAGUGAAGUUAAGCGGUUUACUUUAAUGAUAGGAUGAAGAAAUGUCACCAACCAUACCUAAAGCCUCGACGGAAAUAUCUAGAAUAGUGUGUUAAAAUAUUCUUGACAGUUUUAAGCGUGUGCCUUUUAUUCUUAAUCCAUUGUGCAGACUUGCAACGGAAGCAGUUUUUAAAUUUCUUGAAACCUCGCACCCCUGACUGAAACAAAAAAACCACACUAUUCACUAAUUAAUAACCUCUUCCUCUCGAAUAUUUUCUAUUGAACCACGUUUCCAAGUGAUUAAUUUACUUUGGAGGAUAGGCUCUUUCAACAAAUGACAUCACACAAACUUUCUAACAAUGUUAACUUCCAGCCAAAAUCUAUAGAUAUUCAUAUAUCGUUGUUUAUUAGUUUAUGUCAUCAACAUGAAAUCCAUAUAUAAUGGUAAUAACAAACUGUCAAGAGUGUAAAAAUGCAGCACGCAGUUCACCUGUGACGAUGGUUUAUGUCUAAAAUAAUGUCAAACCUCAGUUCUAAAUACAAAAUUAUAGUCAAAACAAAAGAGUUAAUUAACUUAAUUCAUAAGGGCUAAAUUAUAGGGGAUAGAUCAAGACUUUCCAAACACAUUUGGGUCUUCUUCUUUUCUACUUUCACUGAUAACUUAGUUUUCAACUUAGGAUUCUCUAUACAGUGAUUAAUGAAAUGCUUACUGUUUUCCCUAAUACUUAGCCACUAAAUAGGGAUUUAUCUGGUGGAUAUGUUCUUGGUAAAAUGCAUUAUCAGGAUAGACCAGAAUUUCCUUUUGUCUCCUAUAUAUUAAUAAUAAUAGACCCAGGAAACAAUGGAAUUCUGAAUCAAACUUGGUUAAAAAGAGGUUUAACCUAAAAACAGAUUUUACUUUGUACUGAUAUUAAAUUUUAAUUUUUACUACUAUCCAACUUCUGAGCAACUUGGUCUUCAGCAGUUUAAUCAUUGGCCAAUACAGUCAUGUUCUUUAAAAGUACCUUUUCUUAAUGCAAUCAUGUCAGCACAGUAAUGAUCAUCAUGAUCAAUCUGUUCUGAUCAAAUAGGCCUCAUGGAGCAUGUUUUGGUCAUCACAAUUUGGUAGUAUUUUUCCAUGUGUGGAUGCAUUUGUUUUAUGGUCCUGUAGAGAGAAGGAUUUUGCUCAAUACUUUGUUAAUAGAGAUGUGCCUUUAAUUUUGGACAAGGGUUUAUUUUUUAACAUCAGUAAAGCAACCUUUAUUCUCUCAAAAAAACUCCCUAUAAUCUGCUCUGUUAAAAGUUGUAAAACUUCCUUUCCUCAUCUUUAUCCAUUUAUUUUCUGUCAUUUACACUAUUAAAAUUAUUUCCGUUAUUUUAAUUUACAUUGUUCUAGUAAGGAAGUCUGCUGUUGCCAAAGCUUAACCCAUUCGCCCCUGAACCGCCCGUAACCGCCCGUGCGGAUCCAGGUCCUUUCUACCCUUUGUGACGUCAUCAGUUUUAACGGUCAAGGACAACUUUCUUCGCUAACUUGUGCAGAGUGAAGAGAUCUUUCAAACCAUACCAGAAUGAGCACAAUUCAGUCAAGGACACCGGGGAAAGAAGCAAAAAACCACGUGACAAGGACCUGAAAAUCUCCAUGAAAAUCUUGUUCCAUUACUCACCUACCUUUCCUUUCACUUAAUCCUAAGAUCCUAAAAGCUUUCCCAAAAACUCUUCCCACCAAAAUGAAGCCUACUAAAUGCCCAGCAAGAGAAAAAAAAAAUGAGGCAAGAAAAGCGAAAAAAGAAGGGAGGAGAGAAAGCGAAAAGUAAAAGUCAAGACUCCUGUGUCACUUUUAAACCGAAAAACUAUGUCGAAAUUUUGCUUUCUGCGCAUGCCCGAACUUCGCAAGCUCAUAUUUUGCAUCUGGAUCAGAAGGCUGCCAAGUGUACGACCUGUAAACCGGUUUGUGGUAAGUUUUAGCUCUUUAUAGCAUGACAGUGACCAGAAAACCACUCGACUAGCUUCAAAACGCGGUUUUCGGCAAAAUCUCCAGGAGCGAAUGGGUUAAUGCUUUUUAAUUAGGUUUCCUUUAAAUUUCCUUGUGUAAUGAUUUCAGAAGAAAAUACUUCUUAAGAAAAAGUGCAACACAUUAAAUUUUCAUCAUUGUUCUAUGAUUAUGUGUUAAUUAAAUUAAUUUUCCUUUUUCGUCUUUGGUAUUCAAAGAAGACAAAAGUAGCACAGUUUGUUAUAGCUUCAUGAUUUUGUUCUCUUUGUCAGGUUUCUUUGCCAGUUGGCUUGCAUGUUGGUCCAACAAGUUAUUUCUUUGCACUAGUGUGCAUUUAUCUCCAAUGCAAGAAACUCAUUCAACAAGGAUCUUCAUAUGUGCUAGGUAGGAGAUGACCUACUUAAUGAAAUAGCUCUUCUUUGAAAGGGUUCCCAGUUUAUUUAAAUGUGGUGUACAACAUCAACUUAAAAUCCUUGGCUCAAAUUGUAUUUUCCUCUAUUUCAACAUAGUAGUCAUGCAUACCAUACCAAACACAGGAACAGACUAACUUAUGAACCAAAGAUCAAACAGACAUAUUGUCAAUUAUAUGUUUGGCUUUUAGUCAUUGCUUAUUACUGGUAAAUGUAUCGUCAGUGUAAUAUUAUUAUUUUACUGUUAACAGUUUUAAAUCUAAAACACACUGUAUUUGCUGCUCAGAUCAUUGACUUUCUAUUAUAGUUCCAAGCAGAUCUUUCAUAGUGUAGUUUGAUUUUGUUGUGAGUCUCCACAGCUCUUAGAUCAUGCUUGUCUCAGGAUAACACUGAACAUUUUCAUUUCUUUAACUUGUAGGUUUUGUCUCUGUGUUUGCAGUCUUCUCAUGCAUAGUUUUCAGUUCAAUAGUUGCUAACUUGUAUGGCCGAGAUUUUUGGGUUGUCAGGUAAGAAGUUAAUAUAACUCGUGGCUUUUGAAUUAGUGACCUUGAAUCUUGUAACAACUUGACAUGGCAUGUGCAUUGUGUACAUGAUAAAACAGAUGUGACCCUUGAUAUGUGGUUUUACCUCUGCAAACCAGCUGUACAGUGAAAAUGUGGCUAACCAAGUGACUUCUUAAUAAAUAUCUCCCAUACACAAAUUGUUUGACAUUCAGGAUAUGUCCACUAUAAAAUUUCCAUUUUUAUUAAUGUGUAUUUAUUCCAGGCUCAUCAGGAACCUAAGGGCGUAGUGUGUUUUCAAGUUGACUAAUAAAAUAUAAUUAUCUUUGUCUUGUAGUGUAUAGUUGGGAUAACUUUUCCUUUUUGGUGUUCAUUUGACGUUUAUUCUUGUUGCCUGAUACUGGCCGUGAACUGUCACUUCUGUUAGAAGUUAAUUGUUGAUUACUUUAAGCAUGAUAAGGUGACUGCAAGCUUUUUUUCUCUCAGGGAAGCUUUACCAUACUUCUUUCUUCUGAGUGACUUCAAUGCUGCCAGCUCAUUAGUCAAACACACUCUCCAGUCAGCUACAUAUGUGAGUUACAUUAUGUUGCUUAAAAUUUUGUGUGUCAGACUGUUUCCUUUACUUUUCUCUUUCUUUCGAAUUCACCAUAGUAAAUAGUCCAUUCAACCUUGUGUUUUAUAGGACAUGGUGCAUAGUAGAAUAGCUGAGAGCAUUGCCUCCUUAGGACCAACCCUUACUCUUAAUACUCUUGUUGGUGCUUUGGUUAUCGGUACUGGAACACUUUCAGGUUUGUACAUUUUUAAAUAUUCAAGUUUAUUGAAAUUACAUGCCAUGAGUUAAGAAUUGGUUUUUUGUUUCUGUUCUAAUAUUGACUAAUGAGAUGUAAUUUUACUCUUAUCGUGUUAAAAUAGAAAACAUGUCUACAGCUCAUGCUAGGUUGUUUAAUGGCCGUAGUUAAUGCAAACAGAAGAAAUCCUCAAACCCUCAGUCUGGUAAUAAGAGAGUAAUACAUGUUAUAAAUAAAUGUACUCUGAACAUGUAGUAGAGCUGUAUUGCACCAAGGUUUGCCAAUCACUGUCUCAAUUCUUUGUUUCCUUCAUUUUUUUUUUGUAGGAGUUGCAGAGUUGGAAACUAUUUGUCAGUUUGGAUGUUUAUCUCUUGUAACUCACUAUGUUAUAGUUAUGACAUUCUUCCCAGCCUGUCUGUCUUUAUUUCUAGAGGUAGGUUUUGCAUAGAUAAUACUCAACUCAAAGCAAUUUUUUAGUUCAAACAUAAAAUAUUGGUAAGGCUGUAAUUACAAUGUACUUAUUGGUUGUACUAUUAUCGUCAGCUGUGUUGUGGAAGCAGCCAAGAUUGUCUGAGGUGGCAGUUAGAAACCACAGCCAUCCCAGUAGAGGAACUGGAACCUAACCCAGUUGUACAAGGAGUGAAGCUUAUCAUGGUAAUUUUUGCAUUCCUUACAAGUAAACAAUUUUGGCUUGUAUAUUGCAGUAUACAUAGUAGGUCAACAUUUCAGUUUCAUCAAAAAGCAAUGCUUUUUCAGAAUUUCUAUGUGCUCCACAACUGAAUUUUUGGUUGUUGUCAUUUAGUCAACAGGAUUGACACUUUUUCAUCUGCAUCGAUGGGUUAUACUGAAGGGUGAUGAUUAUGAGAAUUCUCAGGGGAUGCCCAGACAAUCAGAAGAUGAAAAUGGGUUCACAAGGUAUGGCAAACAUGAUCAUUAAUCUCUAAUUGAUCACUCAGAGGCAAUGUUAGUCAACCACAAUAAGUUGAAAAGUAUGAAUGUGAACAAGAGUAAACUCUGUUUCAUAUUGGUUGUGAAAAAAGUAUGCUUUUUAAUUCUCCCCAGGUGAGAAAACUAUUUAAAGGAAAAAGAUAUUUGUAUUUUGUUCUCAACCAGUGUUUUUAUGGAAUGCAAAAUAUUGAUAAUCUGAGACUGAAAUAUUUUUGAAGUGUGACAAAAUGUCUUAUGUCACAAAAUGUCUGCAAAAGCGACAACAGGACAGAUCAAAAUAAUAUGAUUAUGUCUUGAAAUUAAAAUAAAUGUUGUUUUUGUCAUGUCUCUGGGACAAAUUGUCAUGAAUUGGCUGAUUGAUUGCAGUAGGAUUUUAAGGGUACAAUUUAUUCAUCCAAUAAUAAUUAGUUAUAUUUCCUCUAAAUCUCUAAUUUGGCAUCUGUUCACCAAGUGCAAAUUGAUAUUUCUCUCAAGAUGUUGUUUCUAAAUAUUUUAGGACCAUUUCGUUUUGAUCUAAAUCCUUGAACAUUAAGUGUUGAGUUGCAUUAUCCUAUUGAUGAUCACCAGUGAGUGCACUAAAAACUUGCUUUGUGUCUAUCAUUGUUAGUAUUGUGCAGCCUGGUUGUCUCCCCUGAAGUUCACAGACAAUGCAAUCUUCUUUGACCUUUUUGCUUUCAUUUUUUUCAAGUAUUAUUGGCAAAUCUGAUUAAGGAAAUUCUAUUGUUGUUAAAAACUUAAGUAUGUGAUAACUUACAGACAAUUGGAUCCGUCUGAUUUAUAUAAAUACCAGUUUGAAGCUAUUAUCAUAAUACUAUCACAGUCACCAUUAUUGGUACAAGCCAGGCUUGAAACAUGAUCUCAACAUGUUGCAUUUUUUGNCUUUUUAAUUCUCCCCAGGUGAGAAAACUAUUUAAAGGAAAAAGAUAUUUGUAUUUUGUUCUCAACCAGUGUUUUUAUGGAAUGCAAAAUAUUGAUAAUCUGAGACUGAAAUAUUUUUGAAGUGUGACAAAAUGUCUUAUGUCACAAAAUGUCUGCAAAAGCGACAACAGGACAGAUCAAAAUAAUAUGAUUAUGUCUUGAAAUUAAAAUAAAUGUUGUUUUUGUCAUGUCUCUGGGACAAAUUGUCAUGAAUUGGCUGAUUGAUUGCAGUAGGAUUUUAAGGGUACAAUUUAUUCAUCCAAUAAUAAUUAGUUACAUUUCCUCUAAAUCUCUAAUUUGGCAUCUGUUCACCAAGUGCAAAUUGAUAUUUCUCUCAAGAUGUUGUUUCUAAAUAUUUUAGGACCAUUUCGUUUUGAGCUAAAUCCUUGAACAUUAAGUGUUGAGUUGCAUUAUCCUAUUGAUGAUCACCAGUGAGUGCACUAAAAACUUGCUUUGUGUCUAUCAUUGUUAGUAUUGUGCAGCCUGGUUGUCUCCCCUGAAGUUCACAGACAAUGCAAUCUUCUUUGACCUUUUUGCUUUCAUUUUUUUCAAGUAUUAUUGGCAAAUCUGAUUAAGGAAAUUCUAUUGUUGUUAAAAACUUAAGUAUGUGAUAACUUACAGACAAUUGGAUCCGUCUGAUUUAUAUAAAUACCAGUUUGAAGCUAUUAUCAUAAUACUAUCACAGUCACCAUUAUUGGUACAAGCCAGGCUUGAAACAUGAUCUCAACAUGUUGCAUUUUUUGUCAGCUUUGUUCACCUGUACAUCCAUUUAAAAACUGCACAUGUACAUGUAGCCUGCUGCACUCGCAAACAUAGACUCAAACAUAUAGGAAUCAUCAUUUUACAUAAUAAUAGUACAUGGUGAUACGCUUUGCAACUAGAAAAAAAAGUUUUGUGUUCCAAGAUUUUUAAAUUCAGAUGCAGUGUAACAAAUUAUAAUAAUAAUUCUUGGCAACAGUGGUCCUGAAGACCAGAUCUGUUAAAUGAUACCUUGUGGAGAUUCAGAAACUGGUGCAUUUAGCCAAUAGUUGGCCCUUGUUAACAUGUUACUGACCACUUCCUGUUUGUUUUAGUUUUUUGGCAGGAAAUACAGAACAGGUGAGAAUGAUGAGAUUUAUAACAAUUAUUAUUUCACCCCUUCCCCCCAACCUCCCCCCAACCUCCCCCCCCCCUGUAAAUUACCUGGGGAAUAGGCUUAUACAUAAGUGACUUUCUCCCAAAGAGGAAGCAAAAAAAUAGCGAUUCAAUCAUGAGCUGAUGAAGAAAUACUUACCGUAUGUACUGCUGCUGUCUUUGCCGUCAGAAAACAUCCAUAUCCAAAAAUUAGAAAAACUUUAUGAGUGGCAUAACAAACAUUGUGGUAGUAACAUAUUGCUCAGUAGCUAUUUGUAGAAUCAUCUCACUUGAGGGGUUUCCGUGAAGGAUAGAAGCACUUUUUGCCACCAGAAGUUGUUUUUCUUGGGUUUAAAACUGAAUCAAGAUGUUUGACCCAUUCACCCCUGAGCUGCCUGUAACCACCCGUGCAGAUCCACAUCCCUUCUACCACUUGUGACAUAAUUAGUUUUAGUUGUCAAGGACCACUGUCCGCUAAGUUGUGCAGGGUGAAGAGACCUUUCAAACCAUACUAGAAUGAGCAUAAUUCAGUAAGGACAGAGAAGAAAAAAAGCAAAAAAACCAUGUGACAUUGCCCUGAACAUUUCUGUGAAAAUGUUGUUCCAUGACCCACCUACCUUUCAUUUCAUCUAAUUCCAAGAUCCUAAAAGCUUUCCAAAAAACUUUUCCCACCAAAAUGAAGUCUACUAAAAGAAAAAAAAAUGAAUAAAAAAUGGGGCAAGAAAAGCAAAAAAAGAGGAAGGAGAGAAAGUGAAAAGUAAAAGUCAAGACUGUUUUGUCACUUUUAAACCCAAAAACUGUCUUGAAGUUUUGCUUUCUGCGCAUUCCCCAACUUCACAAGCUAAUAUUUUGCAUCUGGAUCACAAGGCUGCAAAGUGUACACCCUUUAGAUAGAGGAUAUUACACGGUGGCGCGAAGAUAUAAAUUUUAUUUUCGAGUAGCUAAACAAUAUUUUAUGAAAGAGCGCAGCGAGUGAGUAAAAUAAUGUUUUUGCCAUGAGAAAAUAAAAUAAUUUUAUUUUCUUGUGGCAAAAACAUUAUUUUAUUUUAUUUGAUUCAUAUCUUCAAGCCGCCAUGUACUGUUCUUUUUAUUAUAUAGACAAAAUGACAUCGAUAAAAUAAUAGAGGGAAACUACCAAAAUUACAUCAUUGAUAAACUGACGUUUGAGAUUAUGAAAAAUAAACCACUCGGGACCAGAAUGUAGUUUUUAUGAAUUUUACGAGUGCUAUAUUUUCCAGUAAAACACUCGUGUCUAUAUAGUAAAUGGCUUUCAUAAAUUUAUGAGUAAGUUUUAGCUCUUUGUAGCACAACAGUCACCAGAAAAAAAAAACUAGCUUCAAAACGCUUUUUUCAGCAAAAUUUCAAGGGCCAAAUGGUUUAAGGUUAAGAUAGAACAGUUGUGAAUUAGGGCCGUAUUAAUUACUCCUAAAUGUCCGUUUAUGAAUUUAAGUCAGUCAUAAUAAGUCUUUUUAUAUUCUAAGUGAAAAAACUCUUUUUAGAUUAAGACAAAGAAAACUUAGGUAACAUUUAGAACAUUUUUCUCUUAAUUUAAAUUUAGGAUCUCUUUCAGAUUGUAGCUGCUGUAUUUGCUAUUGGUCUUGCACUAAGAUACCUGGUAGCGUACAAAGAUGAAGGAACAUAUGACCAAGUUGAGAAGAAAAAAGUUAUACUGGUAUCAGAGGACAAAACCUCCUCUUUAGCAACUGCAUCUCAUUUUGAUAGUGAUCAAAAGGAUGAAUCAAGCCAAAUAGAGACUGAACCAUCAGAAACGGAUCAUGGACAUGAAAAAAGUAUUGCAUCAGUACGGGCUAAGGAAGCUACAGAUAUUUACUUAUUAUCAAGAACAAAAGAAUUCAGUGAAGUAACUUGGAAAGAUUCCAGCGUUCAUGGCUUGAGAACCAAGGUGUUAAGGAGAAGAACUGUAAGUGAAGGCCAUGGUUGUAAUGAAUCAAGUGAUGAUAAUCUGCAGAGUGAAGAGGCGUCAAUUUCUAGAACCAGUCCUUCAAGGAGGGAAUACAAAGAACGUAGUUUGGAAGAGUGCAAGACAAUUUUCAAACAGUCGGUAUGCAUUAAUAAGAAUUAUUCAAUUGAUUUAUUAUUAUCAUUAAUUAUUAAUUAUUUUGAUUUAAUUUAUUAUCUAUUAUUUAUUAUCUAUUAUCUAAAAUACAUGCUAUAUGCAAUGUAUUAUUAGAGUGAUGCCAUUUUCAAGCAACUCAGUUUAUAGUUCUCGCAUGUUGUGGUUAUAACAGUAAAUAAAGCCAUAGAAGCCAUGGCUUUGAUGGUAAUCAUUACACUGAAAUAGCAAACAACAAUCUUCUGCUUAUUAGUAAAAGUACAGACCACUAAACAGGAAAAAAUAAACAUAAUUGAAGCUGUUGUAAUAACUGAAGUUACAACAUCUUGUAACAUAAUUUUAGUGCAAAUGUGUUCAACAUUAUCUCUUCACAACAGACUGUAACACCAUUUUUGCUGCAACUCUUUGCGAGCAGCAACACUAUUCCAGAUCAUUGAUGUUUGUCUGUGUGUAGCUUGGGCACUUCACUUUUGGGUUGUUCUCUCGAUUCUUUCAUCGUUAAUUUUUUUCUAAGAUGGAAGGUUUUUGUCUGUAUGGGGCCUGGGCACCUCAAAUAAGGGCUGAUCUCUUCAUUCUUUCAUCGAGAUUUUUUUUGAGGUGGAAGGGCCCCUGAAAUAAAUAUGUAAGCUCGAUUAAGCAUUUCAAAACAAUUUCUUUUUGGCAAGACAGAAACAAAACUAAAACUUAAUUUGCUUUGUUUUAAAAACAUAGAACAACAAUAAUUUUUGGAAAAUCCGGUGAGAUGAAACAUUGUUUAGAAAUUAGUCACUUUAUGCUGUCAUGUUAUAUGUUUUUUUAGGCCAAGUCAUUGGGGAGAUGGGGUUGCAUUGUGACAUGGAAAUGAUUCCAGUUAAAACUAAUGUGUUUUUAUUUUAUGCAAAAGUGUAACUUGCUUAUUUAGAGAUUAUAAUGGUUGAAAUUAAAACCUUGACUUAAAAAUGGAAUUCUUUCUUGUUGUUUCUAUAACAGAUGAUAUAUUACUUGCAGCACUUCACUUACAAUUUGUAAACUCUACUUCCUUUAAACUCUUCUUAAGAUUUAUGAAUGUCUUGCUCUAAUUUCAUAGGAUGGAGUGUAUACCUUAAGUGAUAAAGAAAUUCAGAUGUUAGUAGAAUCGAAAACAAUUCCUGGACAUCAGCUUGAAAAGGUGUUAAAUAAUCCUUCAAGAGCUGUAAAGAUCAGGUAGAUGCUACCUCUAUUGAAGAUAAUUAUUAAUUUGAUUUUCAGUUGGUUAUUUUCUUGGCAGCCCAUAUCCUCGAGGAUUGCUAGUUUGAUUCAAGUAGUAGUUAGGCUUUCUCAGAGUUAAACUCAGGAACUGAUGCAUUGUUGCCAUGUACUAUUCAAUAGGCCAUUUUUGAGCUACUUAAAGCCUCUGUUUCAAACGGAGGCUAAGUGCAAAGCCAUUGAUCAACAUGAAAAUUAUUUUUUGUUCUUGUGCAAAUAAACUCAUUUUCACAAGAAAGGUAAAGCCUUGUUUUGAAAGUGAGAGUUUUUGGAAAUCAGAAAUGGCCUACAUUGAAGUUUGGUACGUUUGAGAAGAGUGAUAUAGUGGGUACUCCUUCUUACUUAAAACAUGCAGGUAAUUCGAAAGAGAAUCUCUCAUUUUUCCUGUAUGUUGUCAAUUUGCAAGCCAUAGUAUGCAUCUGGGAUAUUAAAAGAAAGUGAAAUAAUACUUGAGCUUUUUGUUUGAAUACUUAGAAGUUUGCAGUAGAAUCUGUAACAAUAAUAAUAUUAUUGUUAAUUUUGUAGACGUGAAGUAGUGUCAAAGAAGCUGCCAGCUGAAACAGAUUUGGAGGAACUUCCUUGUAACCAUUAUGACUAUGGCAGUGUAUGUAUAUCAGCUUUACUGCUACACUUGAUUUAUGACAGAGUUCCCAAAACCCAAGAAAACAUUGUUGGCCCAUAAAAGUAAAAAAUGUGGUGCUUGAAUAUGACCUCAACAGAGUGAGAUCGUUACACUCAUCAUGACCCUGCUGGUAUAGAAACUUUUAUUGACACUGUGGUCUGUUCAUUUUCAGUAUUGUUGUUUCUUGGAAAUAUGACAUCUACACACUUGCUAUUGUUGUAUCAUUUUAGAGCCAGUUCUGCCUUUCAUAGAUGUUUCUUUCCCUCAGGUUGUUGGAGCAUGUUGUGAAAAUGUCAUUGGUUACAUGCCUCUUCCCGUGGGCGUGGCUGGACCACUGUUACUUGAUGGACAGAACUAUUAUGUUCCCAUGGCAACCACAGAAGGUUGUCUUGUGGCAAGCACUAAUCGGGGUUGCCGUGCACUUUUGGUAAGUACUCAAACAUUUGAAUUUUCACUUGAAAACCUUCAACUAUCCUCAGCUUUUGAGAUUGUUCUUUUAUUAUAGAAUUGGCCUGCAUUGUAUUUACCUAGUAGUCUUAAAUUGCUUUUCUUAAUUCCAGCUAAGUGGAGGUGUUAGAAGUUCUGUGUUUGCUGAUGGCAUGACACGAGGGCCAGUCAUUAGAUUUCCUUCAGCAUUAAUUGCAAGGUAAUGCAACUUUACUGGUCAUGACACAAAACUAGAAACAAAAAUCAUGCACAACAUAACACAUUUGACUUCAGGAACUUUAAGAAUCAUUGUCUAGUUAAUUGAUUGUUGUUUUAAUUUCUUUUACUGUUCAUUUAUUUAAAUUACCUUGUUUGCAGUGAUGUCAAAAUGUGGCUGGAAAAGGACACCAAUUUUAGGGAAAUCAAGCAUGUUUUUGACAGUACAAGCAGGUGUGUAUCAUGUGGACUAUCUGACUGUGGCUGUUGAGAGGUGCAAUGUAAUAAUGUUUGCUACAUUUUUGGCUAACUAUACACCUUUGUUGUAGAUAUGCCAGACUGCAGUCAGUGAAGGGAGUUGUUGCUGGUCGCUUGUUAUUUGUCAGAUUUGUUGCUUCAACUGGGGAUGCAAUGGGAAUGAAUAUGGUGUCAAAGGUAUUCAAUUUCUUCUGGUUUUAAGUGGACAGUGCUUUCUACGGGAACUUAAAAUUUUAUAUGAAAGUAACUCCUCCUGGUGCUCUGAUGCCCAGCAAAACCAAACUAACCUCCAAUCUGAGUCUUUGUAAGCACAGUCUUUAAUUCAUUACUAAUAUAUUCAUGCUAGUGUUUUAUCCAAUACCUACAUGUAUGCGGUAGGUACCUCAGGGUUAAUAUGAAACCCCACUUCUUUGUCAUUUGGGUUAAAUAUAACAGCUUUUCAAAUACUAUCGCAAUAUUUCAGGGAACAGAGAAAGCACUUCAUUGCUUGCAAGGACAUUUCCCAACAAUGGAAGUGUUGAGUUUAAGUGGCAACUUUUGUUCAGAUAAGAAAGCAACUGGUGUGAACUGGAUUGAAGGCAGAGGAAAGUCUGUUGUGUGUGAAGCUAUUGUGCCUGGGCAUGUUGUAAAUAAGGUAAAAUAAUCUAGAUCAUAAUUGAGUAUAUAAUGCCUAUAUCAGUUUGCAUUAUACAUAAACUGUAUAUGUACACUUGUCCUGACUUGUACAUAUGUACACCAGAAGCAAAAGGCAGAGCAGUUUGUAGACCUGUGUAGUACAGUUUUCUUAUUUGUUGUUUUGUUUACAUCAGGUUUUAAAGACAACAGUGCCAGCACUUACAGAACUCAAUGUCAGUAAAAAUUUGGUUGGUUCAGCCAUGGCUGGAGCCAUUGGAGGAUUUAAUGCGCAUGCAGCUAACAUAGUCACAGCAGUAUUUAUAGCAACAGGACAGGUAAUAACUUUGCUGCCUCACAAAGCUACCCUGGCCAUUGUUAAGACUUGCAUGUUAUUUCGAAAUCUUGGAACCCGUCAAAUUCUGGAAUAAAAGAUGAUGUGAACUGCAGGCAUACAACUGCAAAUCAUUGUUGUAAUAGCAAUUCAAGCGAUCAUAAAUUAACCCAAAAAAACAGAUCAUCUUUCAUCCCGUAUUUCAUUCUUUUUAUGGGUUAAAAUGAACUCAACAAAUUGGCCAGUUCACAAUGUGUGGGUCUUCAUAGCUCAGUGGGUAGAGCACAGCAGUGUUAACAAAGUACCCAGCUGCGAGCAAAGGUUUCUCUCUUGCAUGGCUUUUAACAUCAACGAAGUCAUUCCCAUGGCUUGUCUCUGCUCGCAAGUUACUUACAAAGAGGGGACUCAAAUCUUGUUGAAGCCCCUAAAUGUUUUUCAGGAUACACCUGCGUCGCUGAGUGGAGGUGGGUGCCCGGGAUUUCCAGGGGCUUCCACCUUUGGCACAGCCAACCCCUAGACAGAGUUACGCCCCCAUGGCUGGCAAACCCGUGCCCUCCAGACAUGAGCCCCCAUGCCAAUGGAACCAGGCACCCAUCACAGUGAUUUAACAGUGGAAGAAUUAAGUGGGGGAGGGAUGGGGGUAAAAGAAUGAUCCAAAGGCUAAACAAAGAGAAUGGCCGCCACAAAAACACUGUACUGAGCACAUGGAGGUGAUGCAAGCAAGGCUGACCGCGCCUGAGCCAAACGACUGACCGCUGACCACGCUCACGCUCCUUGUUGUUAACUCUGUUGAAUAAAAAUUUAUUUAACCUCAUUUAAUUUGCAGUUGUUUAAAUUGUUAUUAUAACUGUGAGAUUCAUACAUUGGAAUUGAAAGUAUCUUAAAUUUGACAAUUAUUUUAAUGGUCAUUUGCGACAACAGGACUUGAUCAAAACAUUGCAAUCUUCAUAAAACUGAAGGUCAUUUUUCUGUGAUUGCAUUUUCUUGUCAGUGAUAAAUCUUAAUAUUUAAUGUUAAUAUGCUAAAUGUUUUUAUUUUUUCCUAGGAUCCUGCACAGUGUGUUUCCAGCAGCAACUGUAUAACAUUACUUGAACCAUGUGGUCCAAACAAAGAAGACUUGUACAUCAGGUAGCUUAAUUUUUUCGACAUGUUUAUGUUCCCUGUUUGUGUGCUUGUGGAGUCUUUUUGUUUUAUCAACGUUUUAUGGGAAUUACAAAGAAAAGAACACUCUACUGUUAGGAUUUGUAUGCAUAAUAACUGACUGAUCUCAUGUUAUGUAGUUUGUCAUCACUUUAGCUUGAAAUGCAGUUUAUCCCUGACUUGAUUUGUUUUCCUGUUGUGAUACCUGUCUUUUUCACUUCAUUCAGCUGUACAAUGCCAUCAUUAGAGGUUGGCACAGUUGGUGGAGGAACAGUUCUUAGUCCCCAGUCAGCCUGUCUCAAGGUUUGUUAAAACAUCGUUUCCUUUUACUUUAUUUUUAAAGAGGAGACAUAAAACAACAGAUUCGUUCUCUGAGAUAAUCCGUGGGCCAGAAGAUAGAUUAUCAAAAAUGAUUCCCUUACUUUGGUUGGUUCUUGAAUCUCUCCCAGGGAUAAACCUUUUGAAAUUCAUAUAAUGUAUCGUUAACUGGAACCGCAACGUCUUUAGAAUUUGGGGGUGGGCUUGUUUUUUCAAACGCCGUUCUGGUGGGGCUUAUUUUGGGAGGAGAAUAUAUCAAAUCUGUUGAGCUUGUAUUCAGGGGUUUUAAAGGCAGGGGAGCUUACGUUUGGGAUUUCACGGGACGGGUACUGUUUUUUUUUUUGGAGCAACUUUCUUCUCCGCCCUCCUGAAAGUAGCCUGUUCCAGGCGUUCAGAUCGUGGGGACAGCGCAAAGAGAUGGGAGCCGCACUCCACUAUCCGAACGCUUGCAACAGGCUACCCUGAAAGCUUGGGAAACACUGUUGGUUUUGUUGAUGUUAACCCAUACUUUCACUGAAUUUUUGUUUCAUUAUUUUGUGUUGCAGAUGCUUGGUAUUCAAGGAGCGAAUAAAUCAGAGCCUGGCAAGAAUGCUACAAAGUUAGCACAAAUAGUGUGCAGCACAGUGCUUGCUGGAGAAUUGUCUUUACUUUCCGCUCUUGCUGCUGGUCAUCUGGUGAAAAGUCACUUAACACUAAACAGGUAUUGUCUUUAAGUGAGAUAACUCAUAAGGACGCUAUAUGAUGCUUAACAGAGAAAUAAAUAAAUAAAUAAAUAAAUAAUGAUUUGGAGGUAGCACAUCCAAAAAAAGUGGUUCUUCGUCUACCUGAUUCCUGGUGAGGAGAGGGGAAAACCGGAGUACCCGGAGAAAAACCAACAACAAACUAAGAUCUAAGAUCAGGCCCUUAAUGUUAUAUGGAGCUGGUACUUUUGUUAACAGUUUACUUUUACUUUUGUUAACAGUUUAAACUGAACAUAUCGUAUUAAAUUUGGUUUUUGUUGUUGUUCUCUGUCUUGCUGUUAAUACCGUCGUAUUUCUUUCUUUCUUUAGAUCAACAGUGAAUCUAGCGGAAGAUGCAAGCAAGAACUGUGCUGUAUUAUAGCUGAACCUAAUAGUAUCAUUCCACUCGUGGGUCAAGCUGAAGAACAGAGUUUUUUGGUCUAGACAAUUUUUCUCAAAACAAUUCCGUGUGAAAUUCCUUGUUAAGAAAUUUGCAAAGGAACAGGAGCGGUUGAUCCAUGCGAUAUCAAAAGAUGAAGAUCACUUAGAAAACUAUGUGUGUAAAAAGUCAAAAGAAUUAAAUAACUGCUACCAGGAAAAUGGACAAGCAAGUUUCAAAAGGGAAAGUUUAGUAUGGUUUUUUUAAACUAAAACUAGUAAUAACCAGAGGUUAGAGAGAGCGGGCGACAACGAUCGAAGGUGCUUUGUGUAAGUUUCACGAGACAGAUGGCCGUUCAAAACACGCGUGAUCAGAUUGCGAGUGAUAGAAGGUCCAAACG